CCAAACGAAGAAGUCUCUCCACCAUAGAAGGUGAUAAAUCACCCAAUAAAACAUUUUAUGUGUCCUUCAUAUAUUCAUCCCUUGAAACAUCAAUUGACAACAUCAUUGCCUCUUUCCUCUCUCCAAUAUAGUAAUUUGUCUAACUCAACAAGGCCUAAAUAUUAACCCAAAGGAUAUUUGAUUAAUUUUGUUAAUCAAAAGGCUAAAACAAUGGGAGCAUGUGCAAGCAAGCCUAAGGUCUUGGAGGGUACCGCUCCUCAUUUGGUGGGAGAAGACAUCUUGAACAACAACAAGCAAGAAGGAAUUGUGGGCGAUGAUGUUCCUAAUAAGCCUCACUCUCUUAGUAAUUUGUUCAAGGAGGGGAAAGGCUCAGAACAAGUGAAAGAGGAGACAUCCACACAAGCCCAGCUAGAAGUUUUACCAAAGACAGAGGAGACCGCAGAAGCAUUUCUUGAAAAUAAAACAGAGGAUGUUAUAGAAUCAAAAAUAGAGAAAAGAGUUGAAGAAAUAAAAUCAGAAAAAGAGGAAGAGGAAGUUAUAAUAUCAGAAACAGAGACAACUACUCCGACACAGAAGGAGGAAUUUAUAAAAUCCGAAUCAGAAAAAGAGAUAACUACGCCCGCACAGAAGGAGGAAGUAAUAAAAUCAGAAACAGAGGUUUCCAGUGAGAAGAAAGUUGAAGAAACAGUACAGGAAGUCGCUCAAGUAGAAAAGAAAUCAUCAGAAGAAGAAAAAUCUGAAGCUCCAGUGGAAGAGAAAUCAGCAAAAAAACCUGUCGUUGAAGAAAAGAAAUCAGGAAAAUUUUGGUGGGACAAGUAAACUAAUCAUAAAAGAUCUAGAGAUGCUAUGAAGUCUCCUUAAUUACAGAAUGAUAUGGUACAACUUUUUUAAUUGAACAAGUUGGGAUGAGCAACACUUAAUAUUUCAUUCUCAUUAUCAUACUAUAUAU